GACGCUGUACCGAUCUUGCGGCAACAGCACCGGCGUACCAUCCCGCGGUUUUUUCCCUGUUUCUACCAGUCUGUCCGUUACCGCCUUACAGGUAUCACUCGUCUUUGUCGUCGCUCGGUAGUGCCCGUGCGCUGUAGUUUGUUUCUCGAGCAGUUUCAAAUAAGUAUGUUUAUUGACGGGAAUUAGUUACGGUUUUUUUUUUUUUUUUAAACUUAAUUUUCCUACUUACCAUUUCUAUCGUUGUUAUAUUAUUAUAGUAUUAAUAGUUGUAACGUUUUCCGUAGAAAAGUUAUAAAGAUUUUCCAGUGUCCCAUUUUUUUUCCGAGUGACGUUUUCUUUUCUUUUAAAAAUGAAAUCUUCCACUAUCACGGGCUUUGCGUCCGCGGUCCUCCUAGUACUGCUGUGCGGUUCAACAAUCGCGUUGAGCUUCAACGGCAACGACAAGACGGUCAUUGAUACGUUAGCGUGGACCAGCGAUCUAUCUGAGAUCUACAGUAUUAUUGAGAGGAAUCAAAUUGCAAACACAACGAUACAUUUGAGAAGUGUUACUGUGUUUGCUCCGCACAACGAAGCGUUUUUGAAGUCGACUAAACAAGAAAAUGACGAUGAAUAUUUACCGUGCUACCAUAUAACAAAUGUACCAAUGAAACUAGAACAAUUGGGAAAGUCUGUAUUUUCUGAAUUAGAUGGUAAUCCACCCAUGUGGAUUACAAAAAAAAGUUCAGAAGAGAUAUACGUUAACCAGGCUAAAGUUGUCUAUAAUUUGGCUAAUUAUGAACACAAUAAUACAUUUGGAAAACCUCAAGUGUUGCACGUAAUUGACCAAGUUUUACAACCUUUGCGAAUGAAGAAAAAUAGUCCUCAAAAUGUUUACAAUCCUAAUGCAUGGGAAUUCAUGGAAAAUGCGGAAUACUUGGAUUUAGAUAGUUAUCACACUAAUACUUUUUUGCAACGAGUACAAACUCUGGAUAAGAAGAGCGUAUUCUCCAAUCAAGGUGGACAUACAUUUUUUAUACCAGUAGAUGAAGUUGCCAAUUAUCCAAAAGUAAGACCUGAAAAAAUCGAUGUGAAAGUGAUUGACGCCCACAUCGUUCCAGAUAAUGUUUUAUUUUUGGGUCCAACCAAUGAAGACGAGCAAUUCAAAACAUUGGCGUUUACUGACAUGCUUAAAGUAUUAGCAUCUUUUUCUAAAGCUGAUGAAGGGGAUAAAAUUAAAUAUUACGUAAGCAGUGACACUGUUGUUGGUGAUGGUGUUCAUCCAACUGGAGCUGUAGUAGCAGAAAUUGUUAAAGCAAAUAUACCUGUCAGAAAUGGCGUGGUUCAUUUGAUUAGUAGACCAUUGAUGAUAGUCGAUAACACUGUUAAACAAUUCAUUGAGUCGUAUAAGGAUAGAGAAGACAGUGUUUUACACAGAUUCUACGAGGAGAUUAUGAAUUCCGGUGGUGAUUUUUUGGAAAAACUCGGUGCCAUGCCAAAUGUUACGCUUUUUGCACCUUCUAAUGCAGCACUCAACGACCCAUCUAUCCAAUCAUAUUUGACAAAUCGUACUUACAUCAGGUCUUUACUUGACUUGCAUAUUGUUAGUAGACGUCUCUCCAUCGAUGAUAUUGUUGCUGAAUCCAUUGAUAAGCGUCUUCAGGUUUCUACAGAAGUGCCUCGCAAGGAUCUGUUCUUCAACGUAGUCACCAAUGGUAAGAACCGCACAUUGACCCUGGAGGGUGGCGGUGUUAACGCUACCGUAAUCCAGGCUAACUUAGCAGCUACAAACGGCAUAAUACACAUCAUUGACCACGUACUGGGUAUUCCAUCAUCGACUGUCGACCGCAAACUGGCCACUGACCCCACGCUCAAUGAAACUAACUAUCUCGGCCAAGUUUCCUUGCUUAACGAUCAACUAGGCGAUGUUCAAAAAAGAUUCACUUAUUUUGUGCCCAGAGACUUUGCUUGGAAAAGAUUGGCAAUCGAUAACCCGUCAGCAUACAAAAAAUUGUUCAUGCCUGAAUACUCGAACGUUGCUCGUCAGAUUUUGGAACGCCAUUUGAUCAUUGCAGAUAAAGCAUUUACAAUGGACGAUUUUAAGAGAGAAGCCAAUAAUAAUUACAAUUUGUCUGUCAAACUUCCUACUGUACGUGAUGUUUCCAUGUAUAUACAAAUCAGAGAAGCUGCUGAAGGUUACUCAAUUGAAUGGCGUGGUGAAUGGAUACAUGUACACCGUUCUGAUGUCCGUUGCACCAAUGGUAUCAUACACGUAAUCGAUAAAGUUUUGAUUACUGACAACGACAUUGAAGUGAAUGCUGCUAUUGCUACUAAGUCGAUAACUGCAUUGGUGUUGAUUAUGGCCCAAUGUCUUGUGUUCUAUUAUUUCAACUAGUCAAUUCUUCUCAGCAGGCGUGUCUUGUAUGUGGAAUACCCUAAGAUACGUUUAACAGUUGGUCAUAAGGUUCCCAUCCUGUUGUUUCCACUAAAUACUAAGACCUACUGAUAACAUUUACAUUUUCAAAUAUUAUCCUCUUUCCCCAUACGACACGUUUGGUUUUUAUAAAGUGAAAAUUAGUUCUCAUUUGAAUUGUAUCCAAUUCUAAAACGAACAAUGUAUUUUUAUUUCCUAUAACAUUUAAGUUUUUUUUUAAGUAAUUUCCCUUCAAGAUU